CUACAAAGCAUUAAUCCACUAUCAGCAAAAAUGUUCUUUACGGAUAAAAUCACGAGAAAUUGUUGAAAAUCUGGUACGGUCUGCCCUCGUUGUACUGAAAACCAAAUCGGCAUCGCUUCACUAUGAGAGCAUGGUGUCUCUACUUUACUCUUGUGGCGUUGAUGUUGGAAACAUUGGCCAUGGCAGAAAAAUCUUCAAUGAUUUGAUUCAUUCAUUUCAGUGUUAUGCCCUGCGGGCGCUGAAUAAAAUACUUUUGAAAAAUCUGCCCUCUACAGGAUUACCCCCCCCCCCCCCCCACUUUGCUUCGACAUCAGACAAAUCUACUCCAGGUCGGACAACAAAUCAAGCUGUGAUGAUUUUGACUAUGAUUAAGGGCAAAAAAACAGCAUUUCCAAUUGCAGCACCUCCAGUUUAUAACGUUUCGCCAACUGGAGAAAUAGCAGGCGGAACUUCGUCAGAUCUUGCUUCUCAAGUGAUAGACGCGAUUAAAAAAGAAGUUGCAUUGCCGAAUUCAAAUUUAUCGAGCUUGGUUUCACAUCAGGCUGAUGGCCAAUACCAGGCUACACAAUUCCGUAAAACUCUUAUGGAAGCAGUUGGUAUGGACGAAAGACCAAACAAUGCUGAUAUUUUUUUCGUGGUUGUAUGGGACGUUGCUCAUUGGUUUAAUCUCUGCAUGGAAGAAUUGAAAGACAAAAACUCUUCGUUGAUCAGCAGACUGUCCUCUAGAUGCAACCGCUUCAACGUAAUGUUUUCGCUUGGCCGAGGAUUUGCGGAAUACCAGGGGGUAUCAAAAGAACUAAAUUUGCCGGUCCAUGUCACUCAAACAAUCUCGACCACCAGAUUUGCGACCAGUGCUUUUCGCCAGUUCAAACAUAUUUACAGUGAUUACUCAGUGUUAGUGGAGACCUUCCGGAAGACAAGGGAAUCAGAUGACGAUUGCGACCAAACUAAAUUUAUGGUUCGUGGCCGUGAUUUCGUCAUCGAUUUGUGCGGAGUUAUAGACGUCCUCUCGCUGCCAAUGGAAAUAAUGACUCGUUCACAAGCCGUCUAUUAUUGUUUGUGGGACAUUGUUUCAUGGUGGCCAUCGAUACAGAAAAAGUUGAAAGACCAAUUAAAUAAUUUGGAAAAAAACAUUGCUGGGGAGGAAGAGUUAAAUCCUUCUCUGUUCCCAGAAUUAACGAAACAUUGGAAUAAAUUAUCGUCAUCCGAUAUCGAGCAGUGUACUUUUCAGAACACACCACUGUUGGAAGGGUGGAUGGUAACAGCCGAAAAUGCCACCAAGUCUCGCAAGACCUUCACAUGGACCGCCCGUUCACCGGAAGAUUGUCUUAUUGAUCUUAAACUUUUAUGCGAAGAGACAAUCAACAUAACAAGCAAACGGUAUAAGAAAAGCGUUCCUGCUGCAGCAGAAAUACUGAAAAAAUGCCUUGAUGUAGAAGUGAUUUUUGAGGAACUCGAAAAAUGCGACUGUGUCCUAUAUGCCGAUAAUUUAGUCCAAUUGAGACAACUUGGCUCUAGUGAGUUUUCCAUGUUUUUUGAAUAUGUAUGUUCACUGCCCCACAUUAAAGAAUUAUCAAAUAGAGAGCGACACCUUUUACUCAAUCCACAUUUGGCUGAAGACGUUUUCACAAAAUUUAAAAUUGCAAUCCACAAAGUAAUUUUUCAUGAUAUGGCAAAUUGUAGAUCCGAUUGGUUCCCUGUAGUUGGCGGGGCAAAAUUACCGGAAAAUUGUAAACCCCAGAACUUUUCUCUCCUUAAAGUCGAAAAUUCCAUUAAUAAUAUAUAUAAUUUCAAAUUUGAAAAUGAUUAUCAGUGCACAUUUGAUCGACAGCGAUUCCACGAGAGCUUAUAUUGCAACGACUUGCUCUACUCUGCGAUUGGGUCAGAGUUCUGUAUCGCAAUGGAUAUUGGAAUAAACCUGGGUGGCUCGGAAGCCGUGGUUGAAUCCUUUUACUCCGUAAUGAAAACCCAUCAACAGUCCGGCGGACAGAGUAAUGAGACACUUGCCAGGAGAACAAUUGUCGACUGGCAAUUCCCCAUGCCUGCCCAAUGCCCACAUACCAUCCGCGAAGUUGCAAAGUUGUACUUAGACGGAGAUCAGGAAAGAGAUCUUGCGAAACAUCGUCUACCUGUUUUCAUGGACAGCAGAGGACGGGCGAAGCAGUACCGAUCAUCGAGCAAGGUUCUAGAUCGUGUAACUGAGAAGUCCGAUUCCGCUGUCCUUGCGCCCGAGGACCAAAAAUAAUUAUACCACGAAUCUUUUCAGCGUUGCUCAUAGCACAUAACCUAAAAACUAUAUAUUACAUCCCAUGCUUUCCCCGAUAUUGUUUGUUAGUCAUCUUUUAUUAUUUUGUAUAAGCAUUUUAUCCGCGUUUUAAUAAAUGUAAUAUAGAUAAGUACUGUGCCUGAAUUUUUUCCCUCGCACCAAUAUUUUUUCCUAUACAUUUUCUUAGACUUCUUUGAGAUUUUCUAUGUCGUCGUUUCAUGAAUGUACCAAAAAUAUAAACUGUAUCUGAUUUUUCACCUCGCACCAUUUUUCCUAAAACCGUUUUCUCUUAUUUCUGUAAGAAUUUGUCGGAGCGUCAUACAUAUAAUAAAAAUAUGUACGUGGCUGGAUUUUUUGCCCCAGCAUCCUUUUCUCCUGAAUGCAUUUUUCCUUGAACUUCUGUUACUGCUUUUCUGAUAUAACAUGCACCUUUUCUUAGAAAACGUUUUGUUACAUUUUUGUGACGGGCCGUCAUAAAUGCAAUAAAAUAUGUACUGUGCCUAAUUUUUGCCCUCGCACCUAUUUUUUCUUGAUUUCUGUGUGUGUUAUCGAUUAUUACAAUCGUAUUGAAUGAGCAUAAACUAUAUCCAUAUAGUUCGUCAUCCAUUCGUCAAAUGUUUUCCAUUGUUUUUGAAAGUUCGGGUACAGGAUAGAAUUUAUCUCGAUGAAUGGGAACGCCGAGAACACGACUUGAUCAUAUGGCGAACCAGUCAUACCAGUUCAUGUCGGGUAUGGGAUUAGUUAAUUACAUGUUCAAGAUGCGCAGGCUUGGUGGUGGGGAAAGGGGUAGUCGACGAUCGGUUGCGAAGAAUUCAAAAAUCUUAUCGCACAAUUUAAUUAUUCCUACAGGACCUGCGAACCCACGCAGGGUAAUCAGAGGUGCGAUGUUAAUUAAGCGCAUUUCUAACGUGUAGCACGAUGCACCACACCGUCGAGUCGAGUAUAAAACGUCGUUUUCGUUACGCAUUUUUCGGUCGGCCCAAAUCUUGCAACCUAGUGUAUAGUCGGCAUUUGUGGAGCUACAAUUCGUUGGUAUCUUUUUAUUACUGGAUUAUUGAUUUAAGCACCAUUUUAGCCAGUUUUAACAAAACGGUGAAAACCGUUAAAAACCACUAGAAAGCUUGCCAAGACGUUGAAAAAACGUGAAAAACCACUACAA